CAAGCAUUUCGAUAUUCAGAUGUAAAUAGGGUGACACACCGACACACACCGCAUCCUGCUUGACGCUUGCUCUUGCCAUGUGUCGUCUCCGGGUCAAUACUCUAUGCGCCUCCACGAUUCUCCUUUUCUCUCCGCUUGUUCAGGCACAGAGCGAUGCUAGCCAUAUCCCGACUUCUACCGUUGCUAUAUGUCUCGUUGUCGUGGCUCUCAUCCUCCUCAUCGUAUCAUGCUCCCUGCAACGACACCGAGCCAUCCGUCGACAGCAAACGAUUUCCACCGUCCCGCCGGCACUCGUUUGCGAUAACGGGUUUCCGCAUGGACUCCAAUUCGGAUCUAACGUCUAUCGAUCACUGAACGGCCCCCUGCCUCAGCGAAACGGAGCAACCGAAUAUCCGCCCCUCAACACCACCGAGCUUGCACCGCCGCCAUACGUGAAGGAGGGUGGGGAGGGUUGUGCGCCUGUAUAUCAGCCGCCGCCGGGCCCAAUGCCCGGCAGCGAUGGUUCAUUUAAUCCCCCACUGGGUCCGCCACCGCCUGCUCACGUCGCCACACAUCCCCGUGUUUCCUCCGCGGGUUUCGCCGCUGCCCCUGGAACGACAUCGCCGCCGAUAGGUUCGCCACCUGCGUUCGAUCUAUUGACACGUCGCGACCCCGGGCCGACGUCAUAACACUGGCUCUGGGUGAUGCAUUCCCGUGGAAGGAGCUAUCCUGUAUCUUGUAUAUCAUACCCACUGUCUGCCGCUAUACGGAACGCGAUUUUGAUGGACGUACCGGGCUGCAUGUGGUCCUCAUUUACCGUGUCGCGCACUCACGCUCGGUCGCGUGAUCGUGCCAGCUUCGCUUCUGUUAACAAUUCCUGCUUCUAUCACAAGGGUGGCAGGGCGUGGGACGUUGUAGUCGACGCACCCGAAGUUGCCGGUCGACAUUCGAGCUGGCCGAGGGUUGAGGGUUGUGAGGGAUACUGAGGGAAGGUCUUCCCGACGCUUACGGGAACGAUUCUGCUGGAUUACUGUAGGGAGCAGCUAGGUCCCUGGCCGGUGGACUGAAUAUCAUGUGCUGCCACUCGGUAAUCCGCAGGAUCCAGAGGAUUUAACUGCGAGUCGAGUCCGUAGUGUGCUCUGCCACGCGUGCGAGUGCGAACGAGGGCGAGAAGUGGAGCGUUCUCUAAUCCUGGGACUGUCCCGGCUGCGGACCCGCAUGCAAUUCUUGACGAGCCUGGGCCUGGUGGCUUCAGGUUGUUGUGGUCCUGGAUUAGAAAUCUGCGGAGGAGAGGGGGAUUGCUGACCUGCCACCCCCCGCACUUGGCGCGCCGUCGGCGAUUAGUAUCCGGCAAUUGAUGCCGAACCUCCAAGCAUCCACGGUCUGUCGGGAGUCGGCGAGGCAUUACUGGGGCUGCAAGUUACGGUUCAACAUCCGCGCAAUGAACUGUCCAGCCAAUUCCAACCGUCGCCGGGACUUGAACUCGUCAAUGGGAUUGAAGAAGAGGUCUCGUGCAAAGUCCUUGAAACACGGACCCCUAUUCAUGCUCAAAUCGGUCAUAGGUAACAUUGUGGUCCAGUUUUUUUCACGCCGCCAGGAAUCUGUACAGCCGCCUACCCUACCAAGAUCUGUAGCAAGUGGCUGGAAACUUGGAGCUACCAAUUGUUCAACUCAUCAGAUUAUGAGGAGCUCAAAAUCAAUUCUCAGCAAAUUGUCUAUGAAAUAUGGGCCCGUGCUUCAGGGUUUGUGCGCGAAAAGGCGGAAUUUUGCUCGUUGGGUGUUGAGAAAGCACGGGGAUGAUUUCUGAUAAGUACAUUCUUU